GCGCUGCGAGAAAGUUGCAGACCCGUCCGCAGAGCGCACCAUCGUCUUCAGCGGAGCACACACAGCAGCUAGGUGUGCUCUUCCUGCAGCGCCAGAAAUUGUAAAUAAUUAAAACAGUUAAAAACUCACCACCAAAAGAAAGUUAUAAACGAAAACGCUUAGCCAAAACCAAAGAUGCAUGAAUAUGAAUCCAAACAAAUAUGAUACAUAGCCAAUAUGUAUAUAGAAACUACUAAGGAUAAAUAGAGUUCAAAAGCGAGGAAUAACACCGAUCCCGGCAAGCAAAUGUCCGGAUAAGGGAGCCGCUACCUGACCAAUGGAUGAAAAUGCAGCCGUCGUCGCCGUCACUUUCGCCGUCGUCACUAUCGCAUCGCUUUUGUCAGCAGCAACAGGAAAAGUCGGAAAAGCAUCAGCAGCACCAGGAGCAGCAACAUCAGCAGCAGGAUCAGAAGGAGCAGUCCUGCCACGCCCACGCCUAUCGAACGCCCUCGGUUGGUACAGCGGCAGCGCUGCCUCAGCUGGCGUCGACGCCCGCACCGGCAGCAGCGGCCUAAGUUGCCAAACCGCCAGAAUCCCACUUCGAAAUAGCCCAUCUACACAGCAGCAGGCGACAUUGCAACUGCAACACACACUGCACUCGCAGCAGCCGCGAUUACUGCUCAUAUAACUGCAACAUCGAGAGACCUUGCCGCUGCAAGCGCAACAGCAAACUGCAACUGCAACAGCAUCCUCCAGCAGGACGACGCACAAGGAGCAACCCGCAACGCAUAAGGCAUAAGGCAGCACAAGGAGGCGCAGGAUAGACCGGAAGCAGAAGAAGGACAGGAAGUGGGGCGGGCUGCGGACACAGGCAAACAAAAUGGCGGAUGGUGGGCAUUCAUUCGUGAAGAAGACAUUUCAUAAGCCAACAUACUGUCACCACUGCUCGGAUCUGCUCUGGGGCCUCAUCCAGCAGGGAUAUAUCUGCGAAGUUUGCAACUUUAUCAUUCACGAACGAUGUGUCAGCAGCGUGGUAACGCCCUGUUCCGGCAUCGCUCCAUGUAUUAUAAAGAAUCCCGUUGCCCAUUGUUGGUCCGAGCCAACUCAUCACAAGAGAAAAUUCUGCACAGUUUGCCGUAAGCGAUUGGAUGAAACGCCAGCGGUGCAUUGUUUAGUCUGCGAAUAUUUCGCGCAUAUUGAGUGCCAAGAUUUUGCCGUGCCCGAUUGCACCGAGAAUGCCACGUAUGUGCCGGGCAAGGAGCUGCUUAAUGUGAAGCAUCAGCAUCACUGGCGAGAGGGCAAUCUUCCAUCAACGUCCAAAUGCGCUUACUGCAAGAAAACCUGUUGGUCCUCGGAAUGUCUCACUGGCUAUCGCUGCGAGUGGUGUGGCAUGACGACCCAUGCCGGAUGUCGCAUGUACCUGCCAACCGAAUGUAAUUUUGGUAUUCUACAACCUAUCUACUUACCUCCGCACUCAGUCUCGAUUCCGCGCACCGAGGUGCCCAUCGAGGCCAUCAUCGGCGUCCAGGUCAAAUCGAAGACUUCGCUCGUGCGCGACUACUCGUGUCCCAGUCCGGAUUUGAGCUGCCCCAUUCCGGGCGCCGGAUCGGGUUCGCUAGCGGGCCUGGGCCUGAAGGAGCUGCUCGAGCUCCACAGGCAAAGGCUCGAGCAAUCGAAACAACAUUUUCUCCUUUCCACGCCGCCCACGCCCACCUCCUGUGGCUCCAUCUCGCUGUGCCACUCACCCACGCCCUCCUCGCUGACAGUCGGCGAGACGAGCAACGAGGCGGAGCAAGAUUGCGACCGGGAUCGGGAUCGGGAGCGGGAACGGGACCAGGAUCAGCCGGAUGAUGAGCCCGAGGAGGAGAACACGGAGCAGGACAGCGCCCUGCAGCUGACGACCACCACCUCCACGUCGAAUGUGAUGGGCAAUCUGCAGAAGUCGCCCUCGGCCAACUCCUCGCUGCACCUGCUCUACACGAAUCUCUUUCGGAAACUGGGCCAGGGCAAGCGGAGGCGGAAAAGAGGCUCCAGCGGCGGCGGCGGCGGUCUCUCGCCCAGCGAAGAUGAAGACGAUGUGGAUGGCGGUGUCUGUGAUAUAAGCGGUGGCGAUCUGAGCGAUGACUACGACCACUGCGACGUGGCCCUGCGACGUCGAUCCCUGCGCAGUCGGCAGCCGCGGGACGUCAGCGAGACGGACUACCACGGGGAUGCCGAGGCGGAGGCGGAAGCGGAGGGCGAGACGGUGCCGCGGGAAAGCUGCUACGAGACCUCGGACACGGGCGGCGAGCUGACCAAUACGGAUGACCUCGACAGCAGCCUCAAUCUGAUUAGCAACCUUAGCUAUAAUAGUAGUAAUAAUAGCAAUGCCUCCAAUGUUCCUGGUGGCUCCACAACUGCAGCAGCCGCCAGGAACAGCGCCAACGCCACCAACAUCACCACCACCACUGCCCCGGUAAAGUCCGGACAUGCCUUGAGCGUCCAGGGUGGACGCCAGCAACCCAAGACUGGGGCUCUGGCCCAAAUGAAGCCCAAGCCCAAAGCGAUACUCAUGCCCAAGCACAAGGCGCAGGGCAAGGGCGGCUCCCUCAGCUCGCCGCUGUCCAACUCCAAUUCGAGUGACUGCUCCUCGGCCUCGCCCUCUGCCCCGGCCACGCUGCUGCAGCUGUCGCCGGUGGGCAGGAGCAAGUCCUUCCAGGAGUCGGCGGCCAUUGCGGCUGUGUCGCGCUAUAAGAAGUACGGACGCGGCUUGUUCCAGCGCCGACGCUCGAAGAGAUCGCCCAAGAAUGCGGUCGGUGUGGGCGGCAAAAGCAAUUACAGCCUGGACAGGCUGUCGCAGAAUAUUGAGAUCACCAUCCAGGAUGAGGAUGGUAACUACCAUCCGUAUGACGACAACUAUCACAUGCUGGCCGGGCGACUGGACGCCACCGAUGUGGACGACGAUGUGGGCUUCGAUGAUCUCUACCUGGACGACCGGCCGAGCGGGGCCAGUGAUGAUGUGGCCUUCGCCGGCGACAUCAGCGACGGCGGGGCCAGCAGUCGAUCGAGGGCCAGUGACGCCAGCGAUGGCCAUGUCCUGGGCCGACUGCUCCGCCAGGUGCGGCAGGGCCUCUCCGUCGGCUGGCGCAAGCCGCGCUACCAGAAGCGCAGAGCACGCAGCAUAUCCGAGGAGUUCAGCAGCGGCGACACACCACGUUUCAAGGACGAGGAGUCGGCCAGCAAAGCCGAAUCGGGACAUGGACCCAGCAGCGGUGGUGCAGUUGGCGGAGGCGGAGGCGGCGGAUGUGGCGGAGCUGGUGGCUCAUCGGCAGCUGGUGCCGCGGCAUCGGUUGCCGGUGGCUCCUCCGGUCACUAUAGACCCGAUUCCGGUUCCGGUCACAAGUCGGAUAAGUCGGAGAAGGAUCGCGAGAAGAAGGAGAAGGAGCGCGAGGAAAAGGAUAUAGAGAUGAUCAAGGUGUUCGAUGGCAACAACUCAUUCCGACGCCAGCAGUACCGCGUGAUCAUCGUGCAGCGCACCUAUACGCUGGAGCAGCUGCUGACCACCGCCCUGCGGGCAUUCCACAUCACGCGCGAUCCGCAGGCCUUCUAUCUGACCGAUCUGUACGCACCCGCCGGCAUGGAGGACACACCCAUGCUCGAUCCCACGCCCGUGCUCAACCUGGUGCACCUGGAGGGCAAGCGACCGGCCAUAUACCUACGGUUCCACGACCGCGAUCGCGGCCAUGUGCGCGUCUACCCCGGCAAGCUGCAGUGCUCGAUGCUGGAGGAUCCCUAUGUCAGUGUUCCUGUAGAUAAUAGCACAGUUAUUAAGGAUUUGAUACGCGAUGCCCUGGACAAGUUCGGGCUGCAGGAUAACCAGAUACAGGACUACAGGUGCUCGGAAGUGUUGCUCGAUCGCGGCGUGACCGAACGCAUUUUGUCGUGGAACGAAAGGCCCUGGGAUAUUAUGAAGCAGCUGGGCAAGGACUCCAUUCGCCAGAUGGAGCUCAUGCGGUUCUACAUGCAGCACAAGCAGGAUCCGCAUGGUCCCAAUAUCGCGCUGUUCGUGGGCAAUCUGCCCACCGGUCUCUCGCAGCGCAACUACGAGCAGAUCCUCAACAAGUACGUAACCGACGAGAACAAGUUCAUCAGCAUCGGACCCAUCUACUACGAGUACGGCUCCGUGGUGCUCACCUUCGAGGACUCCAUGAAGGCGGUUCGCGCCUUCUACAAUCUCCGCGAGACCAUCAUCGAGGAUAAGAAGCUGCUGGUACUGCUCCUGCCGAACAUCGAGCCCAGCAUGGUGCCCUCGGAUGUGCGGCCACUGCUGGUCUUUGUCAAUGUCAAGUCCGGUGGCUGCCAGGGAUUGGAGCUGAUCUCCAGCUUCAGGAAGCUGCUGAAUCCCUACCAGGUAUUCGAUCUGGAUAAUGGCGGUCCUUUGCCCGGGUACGUUCCACUUAUACACCUGUCUAGGUAUCACCCACUUAUCUUUGUUGUGCUCCAUCAUGUCCGUAGUUUGUAUGUAUUCCGGCAAAUAACCAACUACAAGAUUCUGGUGUGCGGCGGAGAUGGCACCAUUGGUUGGGUGCUGCAGUGCCUGGACAAUGUGGGCCAGGACUCGGAGUGCUCCAGCCCACCGUGCGCCAUUGUUCCACUGGGAACAGGCAACGACUUGGCUCGCGUUUUGUGCUGGGGCUCCGGCUACACCGGCGGUGAGGAUCCGCUGAAUCUGCUGCGCGACGUCAUCGAGGCGGAGGAGAUAAGGCUGGACCGCUGGACGGUUGUCUUCCAUCCGGAGGAUAAGCCCGAAGAGCCGGCCAUGAAGGCGCCCUCGCAAACAACCGGUAAGAAGAAGAAGGCACACCAAGCACACCUAUCGCAAUCGCAACAAACCAAUCAGCAUCAUCAAUUACCGGCUCUGACAUCGAGUGAUAUAUCAGGUGGCGCCCAAAACGAGGAUAACUCUCAGAUCUUCGUGAUGAACAACUACUUUGGCAUUGGCAUAGAUGCCGAUCUCUGCCUGGACUUCCACAAUGCGCGUGAGGAGAAUCCCAAUCAGUUCAAUUCGCGGCUGCGCAACAAGGGCUACUACGUGAAGAUGGGACUGCGCAAGAUCGUGGGUCGCAAGGCUGUCAAGGAUCUGCAGAAGGAGCUGCGCCUGGAGGUCGAUGGCAAGAUUGUCGAACUGCCACCCGUCGAUGGCAUCAUCAUCUUGAACAUUUUAAGCUGGGGCAGCGGUGCCAAUCCCUGGGGUCCCGACAAGGACGACCAGUUCUCAACGCCCAACCACUAUGAUGGCAUGUUGGAGGUGGUCGGUGUGACGGGCGUGGUCCACUUGGGUCAAAUCCAAUCCGGAAUUCGUACGGCCAUGCGCAUAGCUCAGGGUGGUCACAUCAAGAUACACUUGAAUACCGAUAUGCCCGUCCAGGUGGACGGUGAGCCCUGGAUCCAGAGUCCCGGCGAUGUGGUCGUCCUGAAGUCGGCCCUCAAGGCCACCAUGUUGAAAAAGAACAAGCUGAAAAUGAAACGCCGGAACACGGAACCCACCAUGAUGGUGGCCGGCUCGGCCGCCCCCCCACUGUCCCUGGCCCUGCCGCCCAGCGUGGGCGAAGUGGGCGUGGCUGGGGAGGGCGCCGAGGGCGACGGCGGUACGAACAACACGGAUUUCUGAAUAUGGUACAGCGAGCGUCUGAUUUAACGUGCUAAUUCCAGCGCAGAACCAAACUGCAUCCCACGACCCACACAGACCACAGACCCACCCACCCGCGAAAAGCCCACCCGAUCCCCCCACCCAAUAGCAAAAGCAGCAGCAGAAGAAGCAAAAGGAGCAGGAGCAGAAGCAGAAGCAAAAGCAGAAGCCACUAGCCAUCUCAGCAGUCCAUAGUCCAACACUGAACACCAAAAACACCAACAAAAAAAACCAAAGAGCUGGCAACUCGAAAAUCAAAAGCUGUAAUCAAAAUUACAUGUAUAAAGUGCCCAGUCCACGGUAUUAGAUCGGAUUAGAUGAAAGAUGAUCAGUUAAGCAGCUCAGCAAACCCGGCCGCCUUUCCACGGUCUGAAAUCAGUACGUUAAACUCAAACAGCUCGAACCAACACUGUCCGCCCGCCAUUUGCAAUUUUGGAGAAUGUAGAAAGCAGCAAGAUGCGCAACGGGCAGAUGUGUAACUAAUCCAACACAAAUGUUAAACAAUAAUGGGUAUUUAUAGUAAAGAAAAGAGAUUUAAUUCACAGAGAAACACUCAGCAAUAGUCUGGCCAAGUUGUAUCAAAUUCAAGUUCAAUUAUGUUCCUUCUCGUUUUGUUCCUAUGUAAGCGACAGCAGAAACCGAUUAGUGAUACCGUUAAACAGAGAGAAGCGCAAGCAGUAGUGCAAAAGAAACAGGGAUGAAUGAAACAGAAAACAAAAUGAAGGAGUAAAGCUAAAGCUAGAGAAACCCAAGAAAACAAAACAAAAAGUACAAAAUUGUUGAAAAUUGUUUGUUAUAACUAAAUGAAAUCGCGUUGAAACCAAGUAAGCACACCCGAAUUACGACAAACAAAAUGAAAUCAAAGAACUAAUGCUAUGUAUUACCAAGUAGGUAAAUAAUGUUGUGUUCCAGCGAACCCCAGUGUUCCGAAACCAACGUUAAAAAGGAUAACAAAAAGAAAAAAAAACCCAGCCAGGUCAAGAUACAAACGUACAGCAGAUGCGGGAAAAUUUAUACGAAACUUUUUUUAUGUUGUGGAUCGGAUCGAUUCGAAUCGCGAUGUUGAAACUUUUGAGUGGGGGAAAAAGCUGCAAAUUGCAUAGUUGGCUAACUACUAAUUGGGACGAUUAAAUUGGAAUCCACAGACGGGCCUAGCUCGUCCUGUGCGCCAUUGAAUUAAAUGGGGAAAAAAAAAACACCUUUGGAUUGUGCAAUUGGUAUGAAUUUUCUCCGCUGCUGUGCGUCCACCAAAAAGAAAGAAGAACGUGAAAAACCACGAGAUAUAGGAAAAUGCAUUUUUUCGAGCGUAGGCAAUGGCAUCGCAAGUAUUUCACCUGCAUUUGUCUAAAACAAGAAACCAAAAAAAAAAAAUGAAAGAAAAAACCAAAAAAAAACCAACUUAUUUUGGAUAUCAAAUCCGCCUAGAGGAAUGAGAGUACAGAGGAGACACAAAAUCCGAAAAAAAAACUACAAUUUCAACUUUAAAACGCUUAUAAAGAAAACAAUUUUUGAAAGUUUUAUAACUAAUUUUACAUUACGUCUUAUGUGAACGACACACCACACGCCACAUGGUACUACCAACUAUUUAUGUAUGUAUUAUGUAGUGCUAGUACCAGGAGCAGUUGAGCAUCGCGGGCCAGGGAAGGGUCGAGUGCGGAUCCCUUGCCCCAGCGGCUAUUCGCCUGCGCACUCGGCCCAUCCCUGGCACACUACACAAAGCGACGGCGUUGCCCAGUUGGGUGCGGGAAUAGCCGGAUCCGGUCAUCAAAGUGCCGGAUAAACCAUUGAGGGCGGGACGCACUCGGCUGCUGGUCCGCCGCCCAAACAAGGUCACACCGAGAGACACAUGUCCACGAACAGACCAGAGUUUUUCCCGCCAUCCAUCAGACACGCACUGCCAUGGAAAGGUCACGGAAAUCGCAUGGCAGUGCUCACCAAAAUCCAAAUUCAAGCCCAUUCUGUCCUGGCUCCGUCCCCCUCGAUUCCCGGUGCGGAUUAGUGGGGGGUGGGGUGUGGGGCGGACGGGUGGGAGUUUGAUCUUAUAUACACACGAUACACACGAAACCAAAACCAAAAACACAACCACCCUUUGCGUUCGGCAAAUCACCUCCGGCUGCGAUUAAGGGGCUCAGUGCCAGGGGUUAAUCGGAGCACACUCGACCGAUUUCCGUGACAUACGUCUCUAGCCACAUCCGGCAGAGAUCGGAGGACACGCCCGCAACCACCAGUCGUGGGCUAUGCAAUGGAUUGAACGAAACAUGCGCCAGAGCCAAUUUUUAUAUUUGACCAUUAAGAAAAACUAUGAUUUUGCUUUACGAUUCGACCCACUAUCAUCCCAAAUUGCGUAGCCCUCGGCGUCCUUUGGCGGCGCGGCGUCGUCAUCCGGACCAUCCUCCAGGACGCCUUCCAAAAUUGGCGUUAACUGGAUCGAUUAGCCCCCAGCAAAUUGAAUCGCAGCCCGCAGGAGAUUUGGUUAUUAUCGCCUCAUUUCGUACAAAGAGAAACCGCAACAAGGAAACACUGCACAUCGUUUUUUACACCCUUGCGUUUCGUUUUUUGAAUGUAUUUAAAAACCAAAAUGAAAAAAAACCAAAACCAAAUAAUGAAAAAACAAAAUAUGAAAACACACAAAACACUGAAAACAAAAACCAAAAAUAGAAUGUAAGUUUAAAUAAUAUGCUAUUCAAAGAAAUCCAAAACAUGAUUACCCAUAAAACAAAACAAAAAAAAAACGCAAAAACUAAAAAUACUAAUUAUAGUACAUACAUUGAUGUAGUGUUAAUUGUAAGAUCCCAGGAAAUUGUUUCAUGAAUGCCAGAAAACAGAAAAC